GCACCUACGCCGCGCGCCCUAUGUAUGGGUGAUAUACUGCGGCGGCGGCAGCGGCGGCAGGGUGAGGGACGGCCAUAUUUGCCGGCGCGGCCCGAGCCGGCGACAACAAAAAAUGCGCGGGCUCCCGGCAGGCGCUCGGACAGGUGCGGGGACGUGGGUCCGCCCGGCCCGGGGCUCGGCCUCGGCGUCGCCCCCGCGCUCGCGGCCUGGCCCUGCUUUGCCCGGCGCGCCCGCCGCCCGCGGGGAUGUAGUACAAGCCGAACUUGACCGCGCACAUGCCCGCCGCCGCCCUCAACGCCGGCAGUGUCCACUCACCGUCUACUAGCAUGGCGACCUCCUCCCAAUAUCGCCAGCUGCUGAGUGACUAUGGGCCUCCAUCGCUACGCUACACCCAGGGAACUGGAAAUAGCCAGUUGCCUCAGAGUAAAUAUGCAGAGCUGCUGGCCAUCGUUGAAGAGUUGGGGAAAGAGAUCAGACCCACGUAUGCAGGGAGCAAGAGUGCCAUGGAGAGGAUAAAACGAGGCAUCAUUCAUGCCCGAAAGCCUGGUUCGGGAGUGCCUGGCUGAAACGGAACGUAAUGCCAGGUCCUAGCCUCUG